AUGGCAGAUAGGACACAUCAUGUACCGUCACCCGCCAUGCGGCAGCAAUCGACAACAGUUCAGGACCUCCGAGACAAUCGACUCGCCGACAGCUCCAAGAAGGGAUACCGCAGCGGAAUGAAGCAAAUCGUCAAGUGGCUUCAAACGUCCGGCCGCUCGGCCAGGCUAAAUGCAGAUGGCUCCCUCAAUCUCACCGUUUUCAGCUACAUGGACUUUACUGAGUUCGUGCUGUACAAGUACAAGGAUGCUGGUGUAUCCCUCUCAACGCUUUCUGGCUACAGGUCAGCACUGAAAGACUACUACAACACGCAAGGCGUUCCUCUGCCAAUCGGGUUUACCAACGAUGCUACUGUCAUCUAUCAAGGAAUCCGUCGGCUAUGUGCGAGCGAGACCCAAGCGGGUGCUAUCAAGCCAGGCACAAAGCAGCCUCUUCGGCACCAUCAAUACAUUGAGCUGUGCAUGGCGAGCCUCGUCAAGUUGGAUGGUGGUUUCACGCACCUUUUUCUCAUACUGUCUUGGAACUUGAUGUGCCGGUCGAGGUCGACGGCAACGGUUCGGAUCGACCACUUUUCCGACGAAGGGGAUGCGCUUGGAGUCACGUUCUUCAAGUCCAAGACGGACCAAGGUGGCACAAAACGUCGUGACCCAAAGCACGUUUAUGCCAACCCUCAGCAGCCGGGGACAUGCUGCAUCCUCGCGUUGGCAAUCUACCUUGCGUGCAACCCUGAGCACGACUCGGGCGAUCUGUUUCCCGGCUCUGCUCAACGUGACCGUUUUGGCCGGAGCUUGUCCCAACUUGUGGGUUAUGCACUCCCCGAAUUAGCAAGCGCUGUCGGCACCCACUCACUUCGCAAGGGCGCCGCAAUAUUUGCAAUUGGUGGUAGUACAUCAGGUCCCUCGAUCGUCAACGUGUGUAUUCGGUGCGGGUGGUCCAUUGGCAGCGUCGUCGAACGCUACGUUCACUAUGAUGGCGCCGGUGACCAGUACGUUGGCCGUGUCGUUGCUGGUCUACCCAUCGACAGCGGCGACUUUGCUGCUUUGCCGCCACAUUUUGUCUCUAGCAGCGAAGGAGUUGUUGACGCUGCAGGGGCGCUUGUGUUCCCGCGUCUCUGGUCCCAUGAGUCCCUCCGUGGCGUAUUGGAUACGCUCCCGGGCAAGCAUCCUCUGCUCUCCUCCGUUCUGUUUGGUGAUGUCGGAAUGACCACACUGCUGAGAGCCAACGUGACACUACUAUCGUCCUCCAUGCAGCCCACAGGGAUCCCGCCCCAUGUCAGUCUGCACACGCAACUCGAGAAGAACUUGGCUGCCGUACGGGCGCUCCCGGGUGAAAUACGUGACGGCAUCGAGAGCCUUCUUGAUGAGAAAGGCGUCGCUGCGGGCAACAUCACGCAUGCACUGCUUGAGCAGCUUCUGAAGAAUGCGGUGGCAUCCGUUGUGGACACAAGGCCUGUCAUCGUGUCAGCUCGUUCUCCUGCUCAAGACGAGUCGGUACCUGUUCGUCCGGUUCACUACUGGGGAGGUCGGUGGCACCUGCUCGCUGAAGACUACGAAUUGCCUUCCGUCGACGUUUCCACGGGGUGGCAUUUAUGGUGGUGUGGAUCUCCCGCUAGGGACAUUCCACCUUUGUACAAAAUCAGGUCGAUGGACUUGACGAGGAAGCAAGCCAAGAUCCUGUGCGAGUGGCACUUCGCAACGAAUGCGCUCCACAAUGUGUACUGCAGCGCAUUUGGCAGUAGUAUGUGUCGACCCUACACAUCAGCUACGGUCAUUGCGGCAUUCAGCAAUAUCAUGGUAUACUUGCCACCGUCGUGGGGUCAGACGCAUCUUGGACGACAGCGUCGUUUGUCCCAAAUGAAAAUGGUUACAUUUGCACGCCUAGCUCGAAAGCGUAGACAAGAGACUGAGGGAAUACCUACUACGUAA